AGCAGCAUCUGAUGACAACGGAGGAGGCAGAUCCAGACUCUGAUCUACCAAUGAACUUUAGAUGGCUCAGAGGAGAGGACGAAGCUGAAUCGUUACAGAUUCUUGUUCGCCUCCAGUCUUUAAAGACAACUCGCGUUCUUCGCACUAUUCGCCUACAUCAUAUGCACUGGAACGGAUACCGGUCAUCUUUUUUGUUUUUUGUUUUAUCUCCAAAAUGCAACAGUUCGCAGUUGUGUCUUUUUUAUUUUCUUCGUCAGGGGAAGGUUUAGAAUAAUUUUGUUUUCUGUUACCCAUGUAGGAAUUUACAGUUGCCUCUGCAAUAACUUUUUUUUUCUCAUAUUGUGGAAACGUGAUGCAUACAGCGCCCUGUACAGUAACGUCGCUCCAUCUGCAAAACGAACGAAGAAGAAGCAAUAUGCUUCAUAUUUAAAGAUAUACCUCGCAUGCAUUUUUUGUGAAGUUUAGAAACUGGUUUUUAAAUACAUAUUCGUUUCUGCAAAUCAAGGGUACACGAUGCAGGUAUUUUUGGCGGCUGCUGUUUUGCUUUCUGUUCAUGAUUUCAUCGGAGCCGAACCCAGAACCAAAUGCCCGGACCGUUGCGAUGUGAGCACGUGCCCGAGCCCCAGCUGCCCCAGCGGCUAUGUCCCUGACCGCUGUAACUGCUGCUUGGUUUGCGCUAACGGCGAGGGAGACGCCUGCGGGCGCAAGGAUGACUUGCCGUGCGGCGACGGUCUCGAGUGCAAGCAUCCCGCCGGCAAGCGGCUUUCGAAGGGCUUCUGCCAGUGCAAGAUGGGUUAUAAAGUCUGCGGCAGUGACGGGAACACAUACGGCAACGUCUGCCAGCUGAAGGCGGUGAGCCGGAAGGCUCUACAGCAAGGUCUGGCCGCUAUCACCCUGGUGCAGAAAGGACCGUGUGAACCCACCACAGGUCCUUCAAACCCCAUCAGUCCCAGGUACAAGUUUAACUUCAUCGCUGAUGUUGUGGAGAAGAUCGCCCCCGCGGUAGUGCACAUAGAACUCUUCCUCAGGCACCCUCUCUUUGGCCGAAACGUUCAGCUGUCCAGCGGCUCUGGCUUCAUCAUGUCCGAGACAGGCCUCAUCGUGACCAACGCCCACGUGGUGUCCAGCACGACGCCGGUCUCCGGGCAACAGCAGCUCAAAGUGCAGAUGCACAACGGGGACGUCUACGAGGCCACCAUUAAAGACAUCGACAAGAAGUCUGACAUCGCCACCAUCAAAAUCAAUCCGCAGAAAAAGCUGCAGGUGCUGCUGCUGGGCCACUCCGCCGACCUCCGGCCCGGGGAGUUCGUGGUUGCCAUCGGCAGCCCCUUCGCCCUGCAGAACACCGUGACGACGGGCAUCGUCAGCACGGCGCAGCGCGACGGCAAGGAGCUGGGCCUCCGCGACUCGGACAUGGACUACGUCCAGACCGACGCCAUCAUCAACUAUGGGAACUCUGGAGGACCCCUGGUAAAUCUGGAUGGCGAGGUGAUUGGAAUCAAUACCCUGAAAGUGGCUGCUGGGAUAUCCUUUGCCAUUCCCUCAGACAGAAUAACCCGCUUCCUCAAUGAAUCUCUAGACAAACAGGCCAAAGAAGUGAGGUCAGUGAAGAAACGCUUUAUUGGAAUCCGGAUGCUUACAAUCACACCAGCGCUGGUGGAAGAACUGAAGCAGCAGAACCCGGACUUCCCCGAGGUCAGCAGCGGGAUCUACGUCCACGAGGUGGUGGCCAACUCCCCAGCGCAGAAAGGCGGCAUCAGGGACGGUGACAUCAUCGUGAAGCUGAACGGCCGCGCGCUGAUGACCACCAGCGACCUGCAGGAGGCGCUGCUGGAGGAGACGUCCCUGCUGCUGGAGGUGCGCCGCGGCAACGACGACCUGCUGUUCAACAUCGAGCCCGACAUCAUCAUGCAGUGAGAGGGACGCAGAGCAGGGGGAGGGGCGGCCUCGCCACACGUGGAACUGUGAACCUGAUUUUUAAACAUGAAGAAAAAAAAGAAACUGUACUGUGUUUUUUUUUUUCCCUCUGGGCCGGCUGCUGUUGACUACAACCCCCCCCAUCCGGCUUCUCCCCCCCCCCAAACACGGGGUGUAUACGGCCAGUAUGUGGGUCUGCCCACCAAGAUUCAGCAGCUCUUAUCAAGUGUGAAUGAAUUUAGUUCCCCAGAGUUAUUUGGCGAGGCAUUGUUUACUCCAAAUGGAUCAAUACUUGCGAAUAUUAACUGUAGAUAUCAGAAGUGGCAUGCAGCUGCAGUGAAUGGGUGAAGCACGUACUUUUAUCGCCUUUAUUAAAUAUAAUAAUGCCAUGUGAAUCUAUUACGUCAGUGGAUAAAAUAACCCUGUAGAUUAUAGUUUUUAAAAAAAGAAGAAAACAAAAACGAAAUUAUAAUUACGUUGACGUUGGUUCCGGAAACCGAAUAUGUUUACUCCUGUGUGAAAAUAAAAUGGCUGCCGGUCAGGUGAACCCUUGUGUAAAAACUCUUGUGUGAAGUCAGUGGAUGAGUGCGGAAUGACUGUUUCCUAUCUUACCGCUGCAAUCUUGUUGCUGUUUUCAUUUGUGCAGGUUUUUUCUUCCUCUAUACAGCUUUGAGUGAUCAACAGUGAACAAAAAAAAUUAACCCAGUUUCCUAACAGCAAAUCAUAUCUGGACCGUCCCUGAGAUUGAUUUGUACAAAUAAAACAUAUGCAAUAAACAAAA